UCGAGGGUAGACGAAUGUUUCACUCAGUCCAUCAUACCGUUUUUACUACACAGUUGUAAGUUAUGUUGACUCCAAGCGGCAAUCAUUCGACUAAUGUGCACCGAAAUUAUUCAUCUUUUCUUGAACCAAUCCAAAAUGCCACCCAGAUCAACGGCACUAUCUAUCAGCAGCAGUUAAUGGUGUGGUAUGGUGUUUCCAUGUCGGUUUGUGGACUGGGUGGAGCGGCAUAUAUCCUGCUGAUGGGUGCUGUAUGGGAGCACUGGCAAAUGUCCAAGCGAAAAACUGGACGGGAUCGGAGCGGCACGCGACUGCUCAUCGUCCAUGCCACCGCUGUGGAAAUGGUUAUGUGCUGCAUUAAUCAUCCGAUUAGCUUUACGCAGAUCCUUUAUGCAGAAAAUUCAGUCACCCCAACAGCCUGCUUUUUCAUUCAAGCCCCUUUCGCAAUAUUCCGUACCGCCGGGUACUAUUCUUUGGCAUUCCUGGCCAUAAACCGUUUAGUCGCACUCUGCUUUCCAAUUCAUUUCCGCGCCUACUGGACCAAGCAAAGUUUAAACAUAAUUUUCAUCCUUGUUACUUGGCUCGUCACUGCCGCGAAUUUUGUUCCGCUCAUAAUUGGUCGGGAAUUGAGGUUUGAAAUGAUCCCACCGACGAAUGUUUGUGCUAUUAAGCCCCGAACCCCGGAAGCCCGGAAGAUCCACCAGACACUGGUUUCACAUCUGCCGCUAGCGUUGGUGUGGAGCAUUUACGCUCUGAUGUUUGGAUUCGUUGCUAUGCAAAAGCUUUCGGGCCAAAUUAACCAGACAUCAGCGUCGUACCGGCGUUCCUUGCAACUGACGCUUGUCCUAUUGGUGUCGUCACUCUGGCAUUGCGUCUGCUUUUAUCCACAGCCUUUGUUGAUGGUUUUUGAAGACAGGGGUCUAGCGCGUCCAACUCCGGAAACGGCGCUGUGGUUACGAUUCGUCUUUCUGUUAGGAUACGGCGGCAACCCGGUUAUCUUCUUCACUAUGAAUCAAGAAUAUCGCUCCAUGCUUAAACGAUGGAUAAGCUCUAUCCGGGACUUAAAAUUUCGUGACUUUGGGGUAAAAGUGAACCCCAACAUCUACACGACCACUAUACGGUCCGUACAAGACGGAACGUUAAUUUGAAAUGGCCUACCUUUGGAGUCCAUAAUACCCUCAUGACGGCAUCGUCCAAGAAUUCUUGAGUAUUUGUUGGACACUUGCGGGUUUAAUUGUAAUCAGAUGUCAUCGUAUCAGUGUCAGUCAAUACUGUGGUUCGAAAUCCUCGACACGUACGAGUGUCGAUGGGAUACUAAUUAUGCGCUGCUUGUUAUAGUGACCUUUACAUAUCAUUGUUUGCGACUGGGUAACUAAGGCCUUUCGAUCACCAUUCCUGCG